AUGCCGUCGUCGGUGGCGUUCGCCGCGUACUUCAUGUUGCUGACCCUUGCCCUCGGCACCGCCUCUGCCACCUCUUUCUCCUCCCCCCUCACUGGCGCUGAAUACCAGGCGAGGAUCGGCUGGGGGUUUGACACGGAUUUCUUCAAGUCGGAGAAUGGCAUGAAGAAAUAUGAUUCGCAGAUCAUGGCAGACCUCAAGGCCAAGGGCGUGAAGAACCUCCGGCUGCGCACGAGAGGAGAUAUCUUCGGCUUCCACUCUUCCACUGAGCUUGCCGACAGCGCGAGCUUGAACAAGCUGUUCCAGGGCUACCGAACCAUCCUGCCCGACAUGUAUCAGAACGACAUUCUGCCCAUCAUCUCUUGGAUCAACGAUGAGUCAGAGGUGCAAGCCACAGAUGCGCAGGGCGAAAACUUUGUCGAGUGGUGGAGGAGGGUCGCGGUGGCUCUCAAGGACGAGCCCUACGAGCUUGCCUUCAACCUCUUCACGGAGAUCGGAACAGGUAACCUGAAGGACAACCCAGCGAAGUACAACGACUGGACUCGUCGCGCCAUCUCCGCCAUCCGCACCUCAGGAGGAAACAACGCCUACCGAGUUAUCAUUCUAGGAGCUCCGGCCAAGGAUGCAGACUCCCUCUCCAGGAUCGACACGUCCAUCACGAGCGGCCAGCAUUACCUCAUGGCAGAAUGGCACCUGUAUGCCUCUGGCCCGAACAAGCAGGUAGGAGGACAGAAGUACUGGGCAGGCACCGGAAGUGCUGAGGAUCGUGAGCGGGUUAACAAGGUCUUCAGAGACGCAGUGGGGUGGACGGCGACUACAAACAUCCCGACCUGGAUCGGUGCCUGGAUGCCCUAUGACAACAUCGAUGCCUCGCAGAACCAGGAGGAGGUGGAAGCGUUCGCCUGCUACUUCAGUACCGUCGCACGGCAAAACGGCAUCCCGUGGUCCAUGAACAAGCUCGACAACUUCUAUGACGUGCGGACGAACACUUGGUUGCAGACUCAAGAGGUCGGGAGGUCCAGCACUCCUGUCACCCUCAGCAUGCCUCCGAUCCUCGAUGCUCUUCAGUGCUCGUCAGCUCCUCCCGUGCUGUCCGGGUCCGACAGCGAGGUCUACCUUGCGCAGAGGCGUGUGCGGGAGAGCCGAGCGAGGUCGCAUCAUCGUCACGAGAUGCACAGGAGGAUGGUUGCACCUGCAGCCGCCUGA